UCGAACUUGGGUCCUUGUGCUUUCGGGGCAGGUGGUAGAACCACUGAGUAAAUCCCUGGCCCGAUCUUCUUAGGCAUUUAAAAAACUUCUUUGUACCUUGAUUUUCUCUUCCAUAAAAUUCCUACUCCAUACAUGUUCAAAUGUUUUGAUGUUAAUUCCUUAAUCUUACCUCAACAUUUUCUUACCAGAAUAAGACAGCCCUGGGCCUUGUCUUAUAUAUGUUCUUCCUUUCCCUGAAACCUGGUCAGCCCCAUGGCCAGUUCUCCUGGCCUUUCAAGUGUCCCAUCCAGCCACCUCCUUCACCCUUUCCCAAUCUCUGUCACUUGGGCCCUGCCUUGACUUUCUUUCUGCAGCCUCCACUCUUUCCCCCUCCAAGUUACCCCUCUUCACACUUUCUGAUACUCAGAUCUGCCCUUGAUCUCCCUUGCUGUUAACACCUGCUUUGGCUCCCCAGUUCCCAUAGCACAAAAGCCAAACUCUUUAGUUUGCAUUCAGGACCUUUUACUACCUGGGUCAUCUGCCUACCACAUCUACCCCAUGGCAACCACAGGCUGGGGUGGGUGUUUUCUACACACACACACACACACACACACACACACACACACACGCACACACGCACACACACACAGGCACUUUCCCUUAAAGUGAAAAGUCUGCCUUUCCUCACUUCCUUCUGUAGGUCUGUCCCCAUUCCCAUACUGCACAUCCAAGGUCCACCAUCAGAGUCCCUCUCAGCCCUCCCUUCCCCUGUCUGCCUCUCCAGGGUUCCACCACUGGGUGGGGGAGGGGCCCCGCUUGGCACCCCACCCCCCAUUCCAGCUGGGGCUCUGGUCUCCAACAACAGAACCAGAGCCACUCAGUGCCACUGGAACCCAUUCGGGGUGGCCUGCAGCCCCUUGUCCCAAGCCAGAAGGGCUUUGGGGGCGGGUACAGUCCCUGGCAGACUCAUCGUGUGGCCAAGGAGGCUGAGAGGUGCCAGGGACGUGGGAGCCAACCUCGUAGGGAGAGGCAAGAGUGUGGUGUGCUUUUCUUUCCCCUGCUGGGGGUCCCUCGGGGCCAGCCACAGAGUGGGAGGCCUCGGCGACAGAGCCUGUGGGUUGGGGGGCUGCAGCAGGACAGCAUCUGGUGGCAGGGGAACCAUGGCCACCAUCCAAACGGAGACGGACUGUUACGAUAUCAUCGAGGUGCUGGGCAAGGGCACCUUUGGGGAGGUGGCCAAAGGCUGGCGGCGAAGCACCGGUGAGAUGGUGGCCAUCAAGAUCCUGAAGAAUGAUGUGUACCGCAGUCGCAUCAUCAAGAACGAGCUGAAGCUGCUGCGCUGCAUGCGGGGUCUGGACCCCGAGGAAGCCCAUGUCAUCCGCUUCCUCGAGUUCUUCCAUGAUGACUUUAAGUUCUACCUGGUCUUCGAGCUGCUGGAGCAAAACCUCUUCGAGUUCCAGAAGGAGAACAAUUUCGCACCCCUCCCUGCCCGGCACAUCCGGACAGUCACCCUGCAAGUGCUCAGGGCCCUGGCACGGCUCAAGGAGCUGGCGAUCAUCCAUGCCGACCUCAAGCCGGAGAACAUCAUGCUGGUGGACCAAACCCGCUGCCCCUUCAGGGUCAAGGUGAUUGACUUUGGGUCAGCCAGCAUUUUUAGUGAGGUGCGCUACGUGAAGGAGCCGUACAUCCAAUCCCGCUUCUACCGGGCCCCUGAGAUUCUGCUGGGGCUGCCCUUCUGUGAGAAGGUGGACGUGUGGUCCCUGGGAUGCAUCAUGGCUGAGCUGCACCUGGGCUGGCCCCUCUACCCGGGCAACAACGAGUACGACCAGGUGCGCUACAUCUGUGAGACCCAGGGCCUGCCCAAGCCCCACCUGCUGCACGCUGCCCGCAAGGCCCAUCGCUUCUUCAAGCGCAACCCCCACCCUGACGCCGCCAACCCCUGGCAGCUCAAGUCCUUGGCUGACUACCUGGCCGAGACCAAGGUGCACCCACUGGAGCGCCGAAAGUACAUGCUCAAGUCCUUGGAUCAGAUUGAGACAGUGAACUGCGGCAGGGCUGCAGGGCGGCUGAGCUUCCCAGACCAUGAGGCACUGGCUGAGCUUGGUGAUCUGAAGAGCAUGGUGGAGCUGAUCAAGCGUAUGCUGACGUGGGAGUCGCAUGAGCGCAUCAGCCCCAGCGCAGCCCUGCGCCACCCCUUUGUGACCAUGCAGCAGCUGCGCAGCACCCAUGAGGGCACCUGCUACUACCAGCUGUCAUUGCGGAGCUGCCGCCAGUCAUUGCAGGUGGAGGGAAAGCCACCCCUAUCUGCUGCAGCCUCUGCUGAAGACAGGCUACCCUACAACCGUUUGGCAGAGAAGGAAGAGGCCACCGUGGGCAGGGGUGCUGUGGAAAAUGGCAGGCCCUUCUUUCGGGAUGAAAAGACACCUGGCAUGCAAAGGGCCAUCGACCAGCUGGGGGAUCUGAGCCUGCAGGAGGCUGGGUGUGGGCUGUGGGGUGAGGCCCAGGCUGACGCCAUCUCCGACAUGUUGACCCCACUCAAGGCAGCCACUGCUGGCUGCCAGGUCCCCAACUCAGGCCCAGAGCCCAUCCUGGCCUUCUAUGGUAGCUGCCUGGUAGGCUGCCACAAGACCCGCAAGCUGCCCUCGGGCUCCAAGUCUGACUCCAACUUCAGCAACCUCAUCUGGCUGAGCCAGGCUUCACCAGAGGAUGACGGGCCCUGCUGGGGCAGCGUCUGGGAGGAAGGAGAGUGCCAAGGGGCCUCUGCUGAGCCACCUGCCAUCCCACUGCAGGAGGGCGAUGGGCCCAGUAUCAAGGACACAGUCAUGGAUGAGGAGAUAAACCAGAGGUCAGGCCCUGAGCUCUUCAACCCCAAUUACCGACCUGGAGAAUGGCUAAGUGAGGCCGACUGGACCCUGGAAGGCAUCAGGGGCCUGCGGGCUCAGGGGGUCCCACCCCGCCACCUCCAACCACAUGCUCCACCCCGGGGCACCAGCUUUCUGCAGCAUGUCGGUGGACAUCACUGAUGGUGACCACACCCCUACCCAUGACUGAGGGCUGCACUGCUUGGUGUGGCAUCCCCUCAUCCUGAACUGUUCCUUAGAGCCAUCCCCCAAAUCUACAAAUUAUUCUUAUAGAAAGACAGUUAUCCAGAAUGUCCCCUGCCUCCAGUGCAUCCCCCCCCCCCCCCCCGCCCCAGGAAACCGGAGGCCCCUGAAGUCUGACCCAUGGCCCCCUUGGCAGGGUCAGCAGGAAAAGGGCUGUCCCCUGCUGGCCUGAGCUCACCCUGGUCCUGCUACCUCCUCCUGUUUCAAUAAAGAACUGUUCAGCAGUCCUGCCUCUUGCCUGUCUUCACUGAUUGAGGCCUGGAUUGACCCAGGGGUUGGCAUCAGACUGGUACCCAGGGCCUGGCUCUGCCAUGCUGUAUCCAGCUGGCCACUGGCUCAGGCUAGGGGUUGGGCUAUGUGGCACUGGGAAAGGCUGUGCUUGGCACACUAACCCAUCUCCUAAAUGUGCUAAGUGCUUGGUACCUUGCAAAUCCACCCCCAGGUCAUUUGAAUUUGCCAAAUGCUGAGGUCUUACUGAUCACCAGACCUUCCUAAAUGUUACAGACCUGACAUGCACUUGCCCUUGCCUGGGACAUGCUAAGUGUACAUCCACCUGGCAGGCAUAAAUGCAUGUUAGGUGCACACUCCAAGGUUCAGACAUGCUGGUCCACCCUUGGGAUAUGGCCAUGGUCCAGUUCAUGCUGGUCACCUGGAGCAUGCUUAGUGUGUGGCACA